CCACCACCCACACACACACACAAUGCUGUCCCUCCGCGCCGCGCUGCGCGCCGCCCCCCGCGCGACCCGCACCUUCUCCACCACGCCCGCGCGCCUCGAAAAGGCGCCCCUCGAGCUCGCGCUCCGCGACGGCCUCAAGGCCGCCAUGAAGGCGCGCGACAAGGGCGCCGUGUCCGCGCUCAAGGCCAUCAUCGCCGACGUGACGUACAACGUCAAGAGCUCGGACAAGCCCAACGAGGACGCGAGCCACGAGGUCGUGGUUACUACUAUCCGCAAGGGGAUUGACAAGCGGAGACAAGCCGCCGAGGCGUACGCGCCUGGCACGCCGGGCGACCAUGCCGACAACUACGCCACGCUCAACGCCGAGAUCACCCUCCUCGGCUCGUUCCUCCCCGUCGCGCCUACGCCCGAGGUCGUCCAGGCUAUCAUUGACGAGAUUGUCGCGUCGUUGCCCGAGGACCAGCGCAAGAGCAAGAGCGUGACCGGCGUCGUUAUCAAGGGAUUGUGGGAGCGUCUCGGCGACGCCCGCGCCCUCGUCGACAAGAAGGACGCGGCGAAGCGUGUCUCGGACGCAUUGAAGGCGUAGACGCCUCAGUACAUGAAUGUUGCAUCGCCGCCUGCCGGCCGACGCGUGGUACAGGAGAC